AUGUCCACUGCAAGCACAGCUCCUGUUGAGCGACUCCAGAGAGUCGAUUCGCAGCCGGAGAACCCCUACGCCAGCUUGAUUGAAGACCAGCACAUUGCCGUGAUUCCGUCUUUCACACUCGAGUCUGGUGUGACCCUUUACAAUGUUCCCGUUGCAUACACCACACGGGGUGUCCUGUCACCCAAGGGCGACAAUGCAUUGGUCAUCUGUCACGCAUUGAGUGGCAGCGCCGAUGUCGCUGACUGGUGGGGCCCACUCCUCGGCGGUCCGGGUCAAGCAUUUGAUGUGUCACGAUUUUUCGUCAUCUGCUUGAACAGCUUGGGCAGCCCUUACGGAAGCGCCAGCGCUGUGACAUACAAGGAUGGUAAGCCUGAAAAUGGUUACUAUGGACCCGAGUUCCCUUUGACCACUGUCCGUGACGACGUGAACAUUCACAAAUUGGUUCUGGAUGAUUUGGGUGUUAAGCAGAUCGCCGCCGUUGUUGGAGGUUCCAUGGGUGGUAUGCUCACCCUGGAAUACUCUUUCUUUGGCAAGGACUAUGUUCGGGCGAUUGUGCCAAUUGCGACGUCCGCACGUCAUUCCGCGUGGUGCAUUAGCUGGGGUGAAGCACAAAGACAGAGUAUUUACUCUGACCCCAAGUAUGAUGACGGAUACUAUCCGUUCAAUGAUCCCCCUGCUACCGGUCUUGGGGCAGCCCGCAUGUCGGCGCUCCUCACAUACCGUUCCCGAGACUCCUUCGAGUCGCGAUUCGGUCGUAAUGUGCCCGACCCCUCCAAGCGGGUUAACAUCAAUGGCGGUGAGAAGCUACCUACCCCUCCCAAUGAGCACUGGGCCAUUCAUAAUGAUGGCCAUCGGCCUGGUGCGACUUCUCGCUCCGAGAGCCGCCAGAACUCGCCUGUCCCUCAGACCCAGACGGAGGUUCAGUUCAUGGACCCUCAGUUUUCGGGCACCAAGACUUUCUCUCCCGAGGUCCCAGUGAAGACCGAUUCUGCAGGUCGUCCGCGUCCGCCCACCUACUUCUCCGCGCAAUCCUACCUUCGCUACCAGGGAGAUAAGUUUGUCAAGCGCUUUGAUGCCAACUGCUACAUCGCUAUGACCCGCAAGCUCGACACGCACGACGUGUCCCGCCACCGUGCCAAUGGGGAGUUAGAGAACCGUGUCCGUGAGGCACUCUCUUCCAUUGAGCAGCCUGCUCUGGUGUUGGGCAUUGAGUCCGAUGGACUCUUCACCUUUGCCGAGCAGCAGGAAAUUGCGGCUGGAAUCCCGGAUUCCCGUCUCAAGCGCAUCGACAGCCCAGAGGGUCACGAUGCCUUCCUCUUGCAGUUCGAGCAGGUCAACCGCCACAUCGUGGAGUUCUUCCACGAGGUUUUGCCCGAUAUCAUGGCCCAUACCACCGCAGAGGGUGCCGCUGCCGUCGCGAGCGUCACCAAGCUCACCAAAAGCAGCACAUUCGGUGAGGCCGAGGUGGAGGACAUUACCGCGUGGUAA